AUGCUGCUUACUGCAAAACUGCAGAGUAUUCCUCACAGGCUACCAGUCGUUCCUCCCGAAAUCUUCGGAGCUGAACCGUUCACCCUUGUUGGCUCAUCAUCAAGUCAACUUCUUUUUUCCAUUUCUCAAUCCUCUUCCGGAAUUCAACAAUUCUUAGAUAUUCUAACAUCAUAACUGCCAUAAUUUAUUUAUUGCAAUAUCCCCUGUUCGAUUGAUCGUUUCAUGGUUCCGGAAUUGGAAAUGGGUGUUGACGAAAUCUUCGGAGAGUCCCGAGCGGUCAGUAUCCCGACCAAGAGCGCGAUCUACGUGUGGGGCUACAACAACGCCGGCCAAACGGGUCGGAAGGGUAAAGAUACGAGCUUGCGGAUCCCUAGGCCACUGCCGCCUGGCCUAUUCGGCUGCCCCGCAGCUGGAGGGAAUUCACGGUGGUUGGACAUCGCUUGUGGCCGCGAGCACACAGCCGCAGUCGCCUCCGACGGCACCCUCUUUACGUGGGGGACGAAUGAGUUUGGUCAGUUGGGUGAUGGAACUGAAAGGAGUAGAAAUUACCCUAGGAAAGUGAAGCAAUUGCAGUCCGAAUUUGUGUUAUCUGUUUCCUGUGGAGCACACUGUACAGCUGCCAUUGCAGAGCCUCGCGAGAACAAUGAUGGAUCCAAGUCAACUAGGAGACUCUGGGUCUGGGGUCAAAACCAGGGCUCUAACCAUCCCCGUCUAUUUUGGGGUGCCUUUGCUCCUGAUGUGAUUAUUCGCCAAGUCUCAUGUGGGGCAGUUCAUGUUGUGGCUCUAUCAGGAGAUGGUGUACUGCAAGCAUGGGGCUAUAAUGAAUAUGGUCAGCUUGGGAGAGGUGUUACAAGUGAAGGCCUUCAAGGCCCUCGUGUGAUUAGUGGAUAUGCUAGAUUUCUCGAUGAAGUCCCUGAGCUUGUGAAGAUUACACAAGUGUCAUGCGGGGAGUACCACUCUGCGGCCAUAUCCGAAGAAGGCGAGGUCUACACUUGGGGACUAGGAAAUGUGGGACAGCUAGGGCAUUGUUCUCUCCAAUCAGGUGAUAAGGAACUUCUACCUAGACGUGUGGUCUCCCUUGAUGGUGUAUUUAUCAAGGACAUUUCAUGCGGUGGUGUCCAUACAUGUGCUCUGACCACUAAAGGGGCUCUCUAUACAUGGGGUGGAGGUCAAGCUGGACAAUUGGGCCUUGGGCCCGUUUCGGGAUUUUUCUCUUGCAAAUUCGAUGAGUCAGACAUGAUGCUUAGGAAUAUACCCAUUCUGGUUAUACCGGCUGGCGUGCAACUUGUUGCUUGUGGCCAUUCUCACACAUUAGUUUUCACCAAGGAAGGAAGAAUCCAUGGAUGGGGUUAUAAUAGCUAUGGUCAAGCUGCUAAUGAGAAAUCGACAUAUGCUUGGUAUCCCUCGCCAGUUGAUUGGUGUGUUGGAGAAGUCAGGAAACUGGCAGCUGGUGGGGGUCAUUCUGCAGUAUUGACGGAUGCAUGUUCAUUGAAGGAGUUAUGCGAGUUUCGUCUUGCUGAAAGCGUGAAUCUUGCCAAUGCAUAUGAAAUUGAGGAUGUUGCAUCAAGAACAGGGUCUGAUGCACUCGCUCGCCUUUGCGAAAGAUUAAGGGAGCAUAUGCUUGAUGGGGAAAAUCAUAGACUUAGCAGUGAUGAGUUUGAUGUAUGAAGCCUAGACAAUGUAGAAGUAUUGUUUGUAUAAUUCUUGUAUUUGCCAUACUGGGGGGAGAUUGAUUCCAAAUAACAUAGACUGUCCUCCCUAGCUAAACAACCUUUUUUCUUAGCAGCUUAUUAGCAGCUAAUUCUUCAAUAAUAAAGCUCGAGAAAUGUACUUGAUAGCAGCUUUUUACUGGAGCAUCAAGAGCUCUGAGUAAACAUGUUCAUUGUAAAUAUAUUUAGUGCAUUGCGUUACUCUUCUGUAAUUGGAAUUUGCUCUUACAUUUUGCCUCCACUCCUAUGAAAGCGGAGUUGAUAUCGGUUA